GCCGUCCUUCCACCCCCGGCCCCUCCCCCCCGUCCCUUCCUCGUCGCUUCCUCGGCGGAAGCAGAGCGCGACAGCGCGGGCGGCGACGACGGGCCUCCCUCCCCGUCCCCUCCCGGAACCCGCCUCGAAGGACCCCGCCGCGCCCCGCCCGUCUCCUCCCCGUCCAACCCUACCCCGACGCAGGAGGAUCGCGGGAGGAGAAUAUGCGAGAUCCAUUCAAUGCCCCUGUUGAAUUCAUUGGCGCAGAUCAUCGUCCAGGGAAUGAGCUUACCAGCUUGUCUGUUAGGGACUAUGGCUUGCAAAAUGGUGAUGCUAAACCCUUCAUUCCGAACUCCGACACUCUAGUCAGGCAUCCGCUCCAGGGCGCAUCCCUCCGCAAUGACUUAAUUGCAGAAGAUCCUAAUACUCGUUUGAUGGAUCCUGAAACUAAGGAGCUUUACAUUAGAUCACGGACACAGGAAGAAGAGAUCCUGUUGCUUCGCAAACAAAUUGCUGAUGCAUCUCUCAAGGAGCUGCAGCUGCUGAGCGAAAAACAUAUUCUGGAGAGGAAGCUUUCAGACUUGAGGAUGGCUGUUGACGAGAGGCAGGAAGAUGCUAUAUCUGGUGCUUUGAAGCAACUGAACGAGAAAAAAAACCACAUUGAAGAAAAUAUGAGAUUGGCAAAUGAACUAAAAGGUGAGGAAGAAGAGCUUUACUUGUUCACUUCUUCAUUGCUUGGUAUGUUAGCAGAAUACGAUGUUCGCCCACCUCAAAUAUAUCCUUCAACCAUUACAACGGUUACAAAGCGCUUGUACCAACAGAUGCAAUGGAAGAUCAGAUCGUUAAAUGACAGUUUAGGCGAUAUAAGUCAACCUGGAAACAUAUAUAAUCCCAAUCCUCAACAAGCAACUCCGUUGAGAAACGACACUUCCUCAUCUUACAAUAUGGACGCGAACAGGAACAAUUUCCCUCAGUAUGCUCAAGAUCCAAAUGAUAGACAUGCUGAGCAAAUAUACAAUGGAUCCACUUUUAAUCAGGAUAUGGUAGCUCCUACUCACUCUAAUUAUUUUGAAGAAAAUCCUGGUCCUAGAGAAGCAAGAUUAGAUGAUGACUCACAGUUCUAUAGGAAUGAUACUCAAGAGUACUCAGCUGAUGGUGAUCCAUUACCUGGUAUUGAGGGAUUUCAAAUUGUCGGCGAUCCUAGGCCAGGAUCUACUUUAAGAGCAUGUGGUUUCCCUACAAAUGGUACUACACUUUGUAAUUUCCAGUGGGUUCGCUGUCAUGAAGAUGGCACCAGGUAUUCUAUUGAAGGUGCUACGAUGUAUGACUAUGUGGUUACUGCAGAUGAUGUUGGCACUCUUCUUGCUGUAGACUGCACUCCUAUGGAUGAUAGUGGCCGCCAGGGUGAUUUGGUGAGGGAGUUUGCUAACAAUGAGAACAAGAUAACUUGUGAUCAAGAAAUGCAGAAUGACAUCAAUAUAUGUAUUUCAAGGGGGAGAGCCGACUUUGAUGUUUAUGUCCUGCAGGGGUAUUCUCCUGAAGAAUGGGAACAUGCCACAUUGGUCCUUAGACGAACUGGAUAUCAAAUAAACAUCAGCCACAAGGAUGAAGUUGUAAUUGACGAGAAAUAUUCACCAAAUCUUCAGACGAAAAUUCCCAAUGGACGAACUACUCAAUUUGUUUUAGUAAGUUCUGGUGGUGUAAAUCUACCAUUUAAUACACAGGGAAUAACGGAGCCCAAUAAUGAGGAUAACGACGUUAGGCUACGCGAUCUAAUCGUAUUGGUCAUGCGAACUUUCCAGAAUAAGGCAUUAGAUGCUAAAAGGAAAGGCAAGGCUUAGACGUGUCGAACCAGAGAUUCCCGUCUAGAAGAGUUGUUCUCAUUGGUUUGUGCAGUGUUCCAACAUUUUUUUGCCAGAAGGUGGAAGGCGUUCUUGAUUAUACCAUGCAUUGUAAAGAUUUGUGUAGAGGCGUUAAGCAACAGAAAAAGGCUGGGUGGUCCUCCUAGGUUAUUUUGUGUAUAAUACUGUAAUUUUCUGUAGCGUCUUCUUUUUUUGUUCCCCUCCGAUUUUCUCUUCUUUACAUUGUUUUUUCUUAUCUCUUUACUGCCCCCUCUAGGUUAUUAAUUAGACCUGGGACUGCACUUGCUGGUAAACCUUGAGCAAGUCGAUUAAUGUAAUCAAUUUCUGAGUUAUUCGAUAGCGGAGAUAGUUUGCCAGUACA